AUGUUAAACCCACAAGGUAACCCUAGAGCUCCUCCACAACCCACUCCCUCUGAUUCAUCUACCCCUCCUCCACCUAGCACGACUCCCCAACCCAGGCUAAGGAGAGUAAAAAUGCUUGUUCGCAAAACGGUGGCUUCUGGGGAAGGACCUGGGUCUUCUGACUCUGAGAAGGCUCAAAAAUCCCCUUCUAAGGAAACUGUUGAAGAAAGUGGCAAGAAUUCAGGGGGAAGUUGUUCUGGUGAAGCUGCUGAAGGGUUAGUUAAUCUAAGUUCACAGAGAGAUGAACCUGAUUCAUCAACUGAAGAAACCCCAACAGAUCUUCUGAAAAAGGUAGGUGCAAGUUACGAUCCAAAGAAAAGGAAAACUCCCACACCAAAAGCCCCCAGUACUGCUAAACAUUCCAAGAAACGAAAGGCUUCCUCCCCAACAACUACUGAAACUUCCUUGCCAAAGGGAAGAGCCACAAGAAGCAGGGUGAAACAGAGUGAGAGUGAUCUACAAAAGGAUUUGGCUGAAAGUAAGAAGAAAAGAAUGGAUAAAGAAAAAAGUCAAGGUUGA